AUGAAGCAGUUUCGUGGCCGUCGGAGCAAUAUGCCCAUUUAUACUAGUAUUACUGCUUUCUUACCCUUUGUUGAAGUCGAUUUAAAUUUAACUCCACAACAAAUGUUUAUGUUUAUUAAUGGUUAUAAAUAUAUUAUACCAUGUCAAACUCGUUUAUCUUCUAAAACCGUGGAACAACAUGUUAGUGAACAGUAUCAAAGUAUAUCAACUACAAUUAAAAACUGUUUAAGAGAUCAUCGAAUACCAACCUCAGAUCAACGAGCAAAAGAAGCAUUCCAUUCAUUACAACAUAUUUUACUUGAAUUACAAUCAAAAAUGUUUUCAAGAACAUUAGAGAGACGUGCCAAACACGAAAAUAAAAUCAUGCAAACAACUGAUUUAGCACGAAAAGCUAAAGAAUAUAUGUUAAAAACCAUUACUUAUCAAGAAAUUACAAAUGGUCGCUGUCCUCUAUCAGAUAUGUUAUAUGCUGUACAAAAAUUACUCUCAAGUCUUGUAACACAAAAAGCUAUAACCAUUCAACAAUUUAAGAAAAUAUCUCCUAAAACAAUGAAAUUAGAACUUGGCCAUUACCAUGGACUACCAAAACCACAUAAGCCUGGUACACCAUUGCGUCCUAUAGUUGCUUCAAUUCAUGCGCCAACAACAUUCAUUGAUGUAGUUAGAAAAUUAGAACAAAUCGUUUUGGAUGGCCACUUUCAAGUUACAACAAAAUUUAUCGGAAUUGAUGUGACUGAUCUCUACACGAUGAUACCUCGUGAAGGUGCAUUACAUGCAUUGAUCCGAUUUUUGGAAAACAAUCCACAUCGUGGUAAAAUAGGUACAUUAUCGAUUGAUGCUAUUAUGAGAAUGGCUCGAUUAAUAUUGGACACGAAUUAUUUUGCUUAUGACCAUAAAUAUUAUAGACAAAUUCGCACGCCUGGUACACCAUUGGGUUCUAUUAUUGCAUCGAUUCAUGCACCAGCGACAAUAAUAUCGAAAUUCCUUAAUGAUUUAUUAGCACCUAUAUAUUUGAAAGUUGCACAUGAAAUGACAUUUAUUAAUGCCAUUGAUGUAAUUCAAAAAUUAGAAAAGUACGUUUUGGAUGACCACUUUCAAGCUACAACAAAAUUUAUCGUGAUUGAUGUGACUGAUCUCUAUACGAUGAUACCUUGUGAAGGUGCAUUACAUGCAUUGAUGCGAUUUUUGGAAAACAAUUCACAUCAUGGAAAAAUAGGUAAAUUAUCUAUUGAUGCUAUUAUGAGAAUGGCUCGAUUAAUAUUGGAUACGAAUUAUUUUGCUUAUGACAAUAAAUAUUAUAGACAAUUUCGUGGCGGUGCUAUGGGUUCAGCAUUUACACAAGUAGUUGCGAAUAUCUAUAUGCAUGAAUGGGAGCAAGAUUUGAUCCAAUAUCAGGCAGCAGACAAUGGAAUAUAUGGAAGUAAUUAUCCACCAAAUUUGAUUAAAAAACAAUUCAAUCGAUUCUUCCACAUUUAUAAUGCAAUGCCUGUUCUCACAGAAUUAAAUAGCGAUAUGUAUGCUAGACUACACGAACAAGUAUUGUAUCAACCUACACGACGCGAAAAGCAACUUCAAACAAUAACACAAGAACUCACUCGGUCUCCAACUGCACUUCAAGACAAGAUAUGGGAUUCAAACACAAUGUACCGACGAUAUGAAUAUCACAUUUCGACAUUCCGCCAAUUCCGACGAAAAGUUUUACAAUGGUGGCGAACUUACUAUGCAAAUCAUGAGCCGGUACUUGCAAAUAUCAAAGUUCGACCAGUUGCUGCCACCAAUAGGACACUUGAAACAUUUUUCAUACACAAAAAGCCACCAAACCAAAUCUUGACACGAAUCGAAGAAACAAAAACCCAACGAUAA